CAAAUCACAAAUGUCAUGUUAGAUGUCGUCAUUCGAUUCGCGGAAAUGAUUUGUGUUCGCGAGAUGUAGAGGGGAAGAAAGUUAUAAAAUUAACAAAAUUAAAUAAACAAGCUGGUGUUAUCAGAACGUCGCAUCAAGAACGCCAAUCGUUACAAUGUCAUCGUUCAUAAAACACAGGGAUGAUAGUGUAGUGAGUGUGGACGACACAUCUACGAAGGAUAAUGUAACGUACUACAAAAUAACAGUUAAAGUGGGGCCUAUCCAUUGGUACGUGUUACAUCGGUACAGUGAUUUUGUGGAGCUGCACGAUAAGCUAGUCAGUGACCAUGGCGUGGCGAAAGAGCUUCUGCCGCCGAAGAAAGUUAUUCGUAACAAAACACCAAAAUUCGUGGAACAAAGGCGCGAGGCACUGAAUGAAUAUUUGAAGAACGUGUUUAACUACUUGAAGCUGACGAUGCCGCCCGAGUUCGCUCACUUCCUCGACUUCCACGUCUAUGAUAUAUUUUUUUUACUGCGCGACAUGGCCAAGACACUGUACUUGGAAGGCGAUAAAUUGUUGCAGAACGAGAAGUCCCACAAUUUCACACCACUCGAGUUGCAUGCGAUAAGUGAACGGUUUAAAGUGGAGUGUCCACCAUUAGAGAAACAAGAUCAGAUGUACGACUUCAGCCACAUACUGGACUAUUGUUCACAACUACGAUCAAUGAAUCUGGAAGGAAGUUACCGGAACCUCGGUACCAGCAAUUUGAUACCAAAUGAGCUGACGUUUGACUUUGUGCCGUUCAAGUCAUUGGUGGACUUGAAGAUACUUGGAGUCCCCAUGAAGUGUAUACAGGGUGUUGGUGGACUCCGCGACACUCUAGUCAGCCUAUCAGUGUUGACAGCUAGUGUCGUGUCUCUCAACGAGUUCUUACUAGUGGAUAUCCUGCAUAAAGACCCCUCCAGUAUAGCGGACACUGUGAAAUGGAAGAAACUAUCGGUAAUCAACUACGCGAACAAUUUCAUAGAAAACGUGGACUGGGCUAUAAAGUUAGUGCCGAACUUACAACACCUCAGCCUACCCUCGAACAGGCUCAGCGAGUUGUGCGACAUCUCGUGCCUCCACGAGCUCCGGGUUCUAAACCUGUCGAUGAACAGGUUCCAAACGUGCGACAAUUGGCAUACCAAAAUCGGUAACAUUGUCAAAAUCGAUCUAUCUCAAAACAAAGUGACGUCACUCAGUGGGUUCUCUAGGCUAUAUUCUUUGGAAAGCCUAGAUUUGAGUUGUAAUAAAAUCUGUGAUGUUGAAGAGGUACAGCAUAUAUGUAAGUUGCCGUGUCUUGAAUAUCUAUGGUUGACUGCAAAUCCUGUAGCGUCGACCAUAGAUUAUAGAGUGAAGGUCAUAGAGCAGUUCAAUGCGAGGAUGUCAGAGAUAUGUCUGGACAACGAGAAGGCGUCAGAGAAAGAGUUGGAUACAGCGAGAGUGUUGCAAGCUCUCAGGACUGUGAAGGAAGGUAAAACUCCAACUUUUUUAGAGAAUAAUCAUACGAGCCACAGCUUUAAUAGGAGUUGACAUUGAAGUUAUUUUUUGUAAGAUAUCUGCGUGCGUUUCAAUGAUUGUGAUAAAAUUACGACUUUAUUAAAAUUCAAAUAGAGUUGAAUAUGCCUUAAAUAGAUGUUUACGAUCGUCGCCGUGAUGUCCCUUAAUGAUUGUUUGCAAUAUUCAACUGUAUUAAAGUUGUAUUAAUGUCGAUUUUUAAUUGAAGUGGAUGCGUACGUAUUUUUCCGACUUUAUUACUAGUGCCGAUGGCCAGAAUAAAGACAUAAUCGUUAUAUAAUUGAAACUAUUUACAACCUUAUGUUAACAAAAAUAAGGUCGAAUUUCUAUUGAAUUUAUUCUCUUGUCUCGAUUCUCCCCAUCGCUGAUACAGAUAUGCAGUAAUGUGAUGCAAUUAAAUAAAUAUAAUUUACAGUCGCUGGGAAAAGACUAUAAAUAUAUUUAACUUUGUAAAAAAGUUAUAUUAUACUAGGUAUAUUUUAUCUAAAUUUUCUGUAAUGCACUUAUUUAUUAUACAACCAAAAGACCAAUUCGAAAAUAUUUGAA